AGCAGCAGGUUUACAGGUUUAUGCGAAUUUGAUUUAAAUUUUGAAUCAUGUUUUACAUUAUUCUGUGGAAAGAGACUAGAGAAUUAUCAAUCAUCAGUCAUAUAAGUUUAGUUAGAAUAUGCGACGAAAGCAUUAGGAGGGAAGGGCCCUUAAGCUUACAAGAAGGAACAAUACUCAAUCUGAAACAUGAUAAAAAACUGUUCCAAGCAGUCGUCAUCAAAAUCGUGAAAAAAAAGAAAGAUGCGGAAGACAUUUGCAAUGAGAAACUCAGAAAGAGUGCUCUAGCAACCUAUAUGACAGAUACAGACAGGCAAGACAGCACAGACACGGGUGCAGACACCACAGAUGAUGAUGAUGAUCGCCGUGAGACGCCCAAGAAAUCCACAGAUGAUGAUCAUCAUGAAGAUCCUGAGACACCCCAGCACUCCAAGGAGACCAAAAAAUCCAGCACUAAGGAUAGGGUAGCAGUGCUUGAAAAGCGUUACCAAUCACUUAA